AUGGCAGAAGAGAGAAAAUCUCGGUCGAAGCAAACCAGCUCAAAAACCAAACACACGAAAGAUGCCGACUCGGAAAUCUCAAGGCAACGAAGGUCUGAGAAUAGAUUGGAAGAUGACGACAAAGAAAACAUCCCUGAAAAAUCUGCGGGAACAAAGGAGCGUCGGAGCAAGAAGCGGAAGAUUGAUGACGAUAUUGCGGAGAGCACACCUCGGGCCUUGAACGGGGACAAGGAGGAGCACAAGAAGAAGAAGAAGAAGAAGAAGAGCGUCUCUUUCUCUGCGGAGACGAAGGAAACCAACGGCCAAGAUGAGAGCGAGGAUGAGGAAGCUAAAGCUCAGUCAUCGGAGCAAGAAGAAAAUGCCGAGCAAGCAGAUGACGAGGACGGCGACGCAAACAAAAAGGAGAAGAAGAAAAAGAAGAAGGAGAAACGAAAGAAGUCAGAAAAUGCCAAUACCAACGAGUCCACAAAUGACGAUUCCACUACACAGGAGAAGAGCAGCGAAUCCUCGACCCUUUCCUACCUCAGUACAUACCACAACGACCGCACAUCGUGGAAAUUUCAGAAAAUUCGUGAGACACAACUCUUCAAGCAUAUAUUAUCGCUGGAGCAUAUCCCGACACAAUACGACGCCGCCCUUCUUUCGUACUUGCAAGGUCUACGAGGUGAAGCUGCGAAACAACGGUUGCGCGAUGUUGCUCAGGCUGCUAUAAAGACGGAUACCGAGGAGACGAAACCGGACGCCAGCACUGAGAAAUCAGAGCCUACCGAUGGCGCAGCUUCGUCUCCUUUUGUUGAUUAUAGAAAGGCCAUCUACGCCUUCCGCACGAAAUUGGCCGAGGGCAGCCUACCGGAGGACCUCGGAGAGACUUACGAGCAACUUGAUGCCGAUGUCAAAAAAAGGUUCUGGAAAAGGCAACGUGCGGAGAUCAUACUGUAUGCUGUUGACGGCAAAGUCUUCACCAUGUCCAACCUGAAAGCGCCACCGCAAAAGGGGAAGAAUGCGACGCAGAAUCAGUCAGCCGACAAGAAGAAGAAGAACCGCACCGCUUUCGUUGAGAUAUCAAGUAGCAGUGAGAGUGACAGCGAUAGCGAUGACGACAAGAAGAUAUCAAGCAUCAAGAAGAAUAAUUCAGCGCAGAGUCAGCCUGAAAAGAAAAAGAAGAAAAAGAAGACCCGGACUGCAGUGGUGGAGAUGUCAAGCAGCAGCAGUGAAAGUGAUAGCGAUUCGGACAGCUCAUCCUCUUCGUCAUCUUCUUGA